CAACCCAGAUGUGGCGGGCUUGGUGCCGUCGCCGCGCUUGACUUGUGCGGCUCCGGGAACUGGUCGGCGAGGCUAUGUGAACUCUACUUGUGCUCCUACCCUCACCUUCUGACCUUAUAACACGCGUCGUCGACAUUUUCAGACGUGCAACUGCGGGCGAGAGACGAUGGAAGCAGCCCAGAAUGGGUCUCUACCGCCCAAACUAGACGACGAACAAGCCAGGCGACUGCGGCGGGCGCAGUUGAAGGAGCUCAACGAGACCCAAGCCGGCCAAGCUCCGGCCAAGGCGUUGGACUCUUCUCUGAAACGGCACACCGCGUUGAUCAAGCGGAUCCGCCAGUCCCUCGGCAUCGAGCACCGCGAUCAAAUAGUCAAGGACAUCGAGACCUUGUCACUCGAGAAAUAUGUGGACGAGCUUUCAAGUGCUGUUCUGGAGGGCAUAUCGCGUUGCAAGACGGAGAAAGAUGUAUGGAGUGCAGCGGAGAUCAUUGCUCUACUACACCGCCGAUUCCCCAAGACGUUCACUCCAGUCCUUGUAUCUGCACUGUCUGCAGCGUUGGUCCCGCCAAACCGCGCCGCAUUGGCCGCGCUGGCCCCUGAACAGCGAGAGAAGGAGGAUGCGGCGCGGGUGACUCGUCAGCGCCCUGUGCUACGAGUAUGCGCUGAGCUUGCACUGGUUGGGAUCAUCAGAGACGCGCCAGACAGGAGUGGUGGCGAGUGGAUGAUCAAGGUCAUCAAGGAUCUGUUGUCGAACGACCCAACUCUCUCGUCGCUGCCUCUCUUGUCGACGUUCCUCAAAUCUUUUGCUCGCCCGUACCUAGGCAUCACACCGCCUGCAAGCGCCAAGCAGAUUUCGGCCUCUUCGGAACCUGGCACGCUCUCGUCUGCCGCCACGGAUGAGGCGAACGCGAGGGUCAACGGCGCGUUCCCGGCGCUCGUGAAGGAAGAGGACGAGCUGGUCGAGAAAGAGGUUCGGGACAGGUUCAAGAAGAUGUGCGAGGGCUACUUUGAGAACGUUGCGAGGAAGCUGGUGCAUGAGCACAACCGCUUGCAAGAACAAGACAGGCGUAAUCACGAAGCAUAUAUACGCUCAGGAGAGAUCUUCGAAGAUAGGCAGCAGGCCUACGAGAAGAUGACGAAGAACUACGAGAAGCUCCUAGCUAGUUGCCAGACCUUGUCCGAGCUUCUCUACCUACCUAUGCCGGAGCUCAAGACUGCAUCUCAGAAGAGCGAGUCUAUCUUGAUCGGCUCGAACACGGGGAUCUCGGUGUCUGGGGGCGAUGCCGAAUCUGUGACCGCCGGGAAGUGGGAAGAUGAGGAGGAACGCCGAUUUUUCGAGGAGAUUCCAGAUCUGAAGGACUACGUUCCUCGGAGUGUGCUUGGUCUGGAGGGUGAAGGCGAUGAAACAGCAGACACGGAUAGCAAAGAGAAGGAGAAGAAAGAACAAGAGCGGGUGCAGGAGGAAGUCAGGAAGCUAGAGGAAGAGCUCGCCGGCCUCAAGGUCAAUGAGGAAGGCCAGUUUAACGGGGAUGCGUCUGCUGCUCAAGAUGGCGCCGCAUUGAAGAACGAAGAAGACGAGGAUGAGGAUGACGCGCCUACCCCUACGGCGGGAACGCCGAAGACCUCGCCCCCGUCGACUCCUCAGCUUGCGCCUCAGGGACCUUCUCAGAUGUUGACCGCAUUGCUCGCGCGCCUUCCAGACGCGACCAACCGAACCAUGAUCGAUCAAGCUGCAGUCGACUUCGCGUUCCUGAAUUCGAAGGCUGCCCGAAAGCGGUUGGGAAGGUUCAUGACGCAAAUCCCGAAGAGUCGCAUAGACCUUCUGCCCCAUUAUUCAAGGCUUAUUGCGACUCUGAACAAGUACAUGCCGGAUAUCGGUCAAGACGUCGUAGCCUUCCUCGACGAAGAGUUUCGGUAUCUGCAGCGGAAGAAGAAGGUUGUCAUCGAACUUGCUGAGGUUCGGCUCAAGAAUCUGACCUUCAUUGCCAAUUUGACCAAGUUCCGAGUGAUACCUCCUCAUAUCAUUCUGCACAUGUUCAAGGUGUGCUUGGACGACUUCCACGGCACGAACGUCGACAAUUUUGCUAUCCUGUUGGAAUGCUGCGGCCGCUUCCUGCUGCGGAGUGACGAGACCAGGGAGCCUUUUGGCAAGAUGCUGGAGCUCAUGCGGAGGAAGCAAAGCAUGCAGCACUUCGACCAGAGACAGCAGCUCGUCUUGGAGAACGCAUACUACCAGUGCAAUCCGCCCGAACGCACAGCAAGACAGGAGAAAGAACGCACGCCCAUGGAGCUCUUCAUCCGACACCUCAUCUACGACGUUCUCACCAAGAAGACCAUAGACAAAGUCCUCAAACUCGUGCGCAAGCUCGAUUGGGACGACGAGUCCGUGCUCCGCACACUGCACAAGGUCUUCACGAAGCCAUGGAAAGUCAAAUUCGGCAACAUCGCGCUACUUGCGAUGCUGACGUAUGACUUACAACGGUACCAUCCGGCCUUCGCCGUCGCGGUCGUGGACCAGGUGCUGGAGGACAUCCGGCGCGGGCUGGAGCAGAACGUGUACAGCAUCAACCAGCGGCGUUUCGCUACUGCCAAAUACCUCGGCGAGCUGUACAUCUAUCGCUUGAUCAGCUCCGGCAUCAUCUUCGACACGCUGUGGACGUUGGUGACGUUCGGCCACCCCGAGGGCAGGCCGUCGCCCGGCCAGCCAUGCCCUGUUGACAUGCCGGAUGACUUCUUCCGGGUCCGGCUGGUCUGUGUUGUUCUUGACACAGUCGGCAUGUGCUUCGACCGAGGAACGCAGCAGAAGAAACUAGACAACCUCUUAACGUUCUUCCAGUUCUAUGUGUUGUGCAAGGAUUCUCUUCCGAUGGACGUUGAGUUCAUGUUGACGGAUUCUCUUGAGGCGGUGCGUCCGAAGAUGUCUGUGUACAAGACCUUCGAGGAAGCUGCGGUAGCUGUCGAGGAGAUGUUCAAUAUUGCCUUCCAGAAUGCUGGCAUCACCACCGCCGAGGACAGCGGUGAUGAGAGCGACGGAGAAGAUGGCGAGGAAAGGCGUGGCGGCGGGGAGGAGGAAGACGAAGACCAAAUGCAGACUAUAUCUCCCCUCGACGAGCGCGCUCCGUCUCCCGAUGCGGUCGUACUCAGGGCUUCGCAGGAGAAUAUCGGACCUUCAGAUGAAGAUGACGCAGAGUUCGCUCGAGAGCUGGCGAAGAUGGAGAUAGACACCUCCGCGGAUGGGAGGAAGGUCGACAAAAAGACUGCCCUGGCCAUGUGGGAGUCUAGUCUUCCUCCGCCUGUCUUGCGGAAGAAGCGCAACGAGGAUGUCGAAGAGGAGGACAACCUUGCGACGAAUGCAGCCGAUCAACCCGGUACCAUGACCUUCACCCUCUUCACCAAGCGUGGAAACAAGCCUCAGGCCCGGCAACUUGCUAUUCCUGCGGAGUCAACUCUCGCAGUACAAACCCGUACAGCUCAGAUGCAAGACAAGGUUGAACAGCAGCACCUGAAGCGGCUUGUCCUUCAGUACGAGCAGCGUGAGGAAACGGAAGAGAUGAAAGCUUUGGAAGCUCGCACUCGCAACGGCGCCAUCAAGAUACGCUACGGCGGAUAACCUAGGCUGCGAAGCUUGCUCUGCCGCUGACUCUGCAAAUCUCUGCCUCAGUUGCUCCAGGCUAUCAUGCCCACCGUCUGCUGUGGCUGCCCGGUCCUCAACCCCGCCGAGGUCAUGCACGGGCUGCUGGCCGGCGCAAGCCCCACAUCCCUUCUUGCUUGGCAUCAGCUCCUCGACCUGGCGUACCUUUACCAAUGUCCAAUGUCUGCAUGCUGGGUCUGUCUAUGCUCUGCCAAACGUGGCCGGGAGCUUUCGACUGCGCCGCCCUCGUAGUUGACGUCGACGCUCGCGGACGUUGUCAGCCCGGUCGCUCAGCCCGGCGCUGUCGCAUCUGGCUCGUGGAGGUUAUACAGCAUCACGGAUUCACGAUACAUUGUAGCACUUCCCAGAGAUAAGCAUCCUGUAGAUUAGAUGUCCUAGUAGCAGUCUUUCUUUAGUCGCAUUCCUG